UAUCCGUGCGCCCGGGUCGAUCCACGUCCACGCCGAUCCGGCUCCCCGGGGCUGUCUCCGGGCGGGCGCUAUUCCUCCAUGCCCGCGCCUGAUCCCCGCCCCCCCCCUUCCCCACCUCGCGUGUUUCCGAUCUCCGUACCUGCGCACUGCACGGCGCUGAAAGACAGGAAGCAGCUGUCAGAGCCGGCCGGGAAGACGGGCGCCUCGCACGGCCAGUCAGAGGCGUGGGGCGGGCGGCGCAGCGCCGACUGCGAUUGAGGGCCGCUGCACGACCGAGGACCGGCCAGAAGUGUGUGUGUGUGGGGGAGUUCUUGGCAUUGUUUUGUGCGUGUCUGCGUCUUGCCAUCAGUCUAAAUCAGAAUCCACAGGCCUACAUUUCCAAACCCACAGCACGAAUGUGUCAUUAUGAUCACAUACGCACAGGCUCCCCUUUCCAGCGUAUCGACCCGAGGCGUUCUCCGGUAACCAUACGCACGGUUGCUAGGCGACACUCAAACACUGUUCCAGUUUGUCGUGGAGGCCGUGCGGCGUGGAAGUGGGGUUUUCUGUCGGAUUUCGGGGUGUCGAUUGCCACACCACUUGUCCCCCCUGCUGUAACUAGAUGCAGGGCGCACACAGUUAACAACCGAGAUCCUCCUCUCCAUUCCCUUGGACGGUAAGGCUUGGACACUGAAGAUGACCACUUACGGGAGGCUGGUCAAGGAGGUGGUUCAGCUCCUUGGAAAGUUUGAUCCCGAAAACCAUUGCAUUGAAACCUUCAUAGAGGAUGCCUCAACUACACUAAAGCAUUUAGAUGUUUCUGAAGAGAUGUUUGUAUGGGAUGUCCUGGCCGGCUGUAUUGACUACAAGAAGCUGCUGGACGUAGUGGUUGAUGCAUUUUAUGCCCGUUGUGGUAAAAGCUUUCUUCACUCAGAGCGCAACGUAUUUGCUGUCAUAUGUUACCUGGCCACAUUUCUCCUGGAAGAGCUUGGUUUGCAGCACUUCAGCAACAUUGUCAAAUCCCAGGACGUCAAUAAGAUGUAUAAGUUCCUGGGGUUCUUCUUCGACGUCACGAACCUGAGCACCUGGAUUAAGGACGAAUGGAGUCACAUUUAUGAUGCUCCGUUUGUGGAAAAUAACUGGAUCACACCACUCCUGAGGUGGCAGCCCAAGAUGGAGACUUUAAUGGCCCAGCUGUCUGACAGAGUGACUCGUGGGAGUCCCCUGAAGAAAGCCGCCAAGAAGCACACGGAGCCCAGGGAGUUCGGUCUGACGAGACCCAAGCCCCGCGCCAUCCCCCUGCCAGAGCUGAUCCCCCAGCAGGAGAGACACAAGCCGAUCCCUUCCACUACCUACAGGCCUCCCAGAGAGAUACAGUCCCUGGAGGAAGAGAAACUAAGAAACCGACAGAUGGCAGAGGUGAGGUAGUGGGGCGGAGUGGCU